AUGGUGAACCCGCCGACAGCAGGAAGCUGCAGCGUGGCGGGGAGGCUAGGUCUAGAAACGCGGACGAAUGCCAUUGCCCUGUUUGCGUCUGUUAACCUGUUCUAUUUCUUGGUCUUCGCCAUGGGUAAGAGCAUGGUCUCGCUUUGCUGCUACCUGUGCUUAGCACCGGUGGCUCUUGGAAUGUUGUUGAAGGCACUGCACCUUGCGCCAACGGAAGCGGGACCUUGGGAGAUUGUCAGCCGCUCUAGAAUUCAGUCUACAGUGGAGCGCCUAUACACCAGGACCAACCAGUUUCUGGAAUUCUGGAGGGACGUAUGCCUAUGGAAGAACGUGUUUUUUACUGCAAAGGUUUGCUGCGCUUUGCUCACCCUGAGCUAUGUGUCUUCCUUCUUAUCGUUCGCCAGCCUUGUGUUUAUAUCCACGUGGGGUUGGUUUUUUUACUGCAGCUGUUCUUCCCUAUUCCAUGAUACACUCUAUCCCCUUGUCUCGCCGUACAUUAAGAUGGCAAACCAGGCCUUUCACAAGGUCGUCCAAUCCAUCCCUAAGAUGGAAGACAGCAGCAAGAAGCUCUAA